AUGGCGCGAGGUGGCAAUGACGCACGACCCCAGAAGAGUUACGCGCUAAGGCACCCCUCUACGCGUCAACGCGACUUGAACACGAUCAAGUACCUAACCACGUCAACCAUGACGCCACAGACAAGAAAUAGUAACAAAGAUGCGAACUUUAAAGUCUACUACGCGAAGAAAGUACCGAAGCAGGUUUACUUCCCACAUCGACGCAAGACAGUGCGCCGACCGGACGGCGUUGGAAAAGAUGUUGCGGAUAAGAGGCAAACGCGUUUUUUACCGGACAAGAUGAAGAUCCCGAGAGUCAACACUGUGCAAGACUCUGAUGAAGAGGAAGGUGAAGAUCUAGAAGAGGGUGGAGUGGCGAUCAAUGGACAAGCAGGACUCGAGCAGAAGGACGACCAACGGAGCCACGGCAAGAUGCCGACAAAUCGAGGGAGGAAGAGACGUAGCGAUGUUUUGGAAGCAGGAAAUGAGGCCGGAGAUCAUUCCAGCGUACCAUCACCAAAGCGAAGGCGGAAAGCAGCGCCAAAUUCGACUCGCCGUUCGAGGCCACUCAAAGCCGAGUCUGAGGAUGACGACGAUACCACAACUGCGUCGGCUAGGGGGAAGGUGGACAGGAGCCGCAGACUGAGGAGACAGUCUACCAUGACUCAAUUAGUGGAUGGUAGAAGACCUUUGUCCGAUGCAGAAGAGCCUGAUUUCAAGCCGGUGAAGCGAAGCCCUCGAUUAAGCUGGGGUGGGCAGAGCAAGAAAGCAAAAGACGAAAGGCAGCGGACAUUGACACAGAUGGUCCCUGGCAUGAAGCCGACAGAGGAACUGUCGGAUGCUGAUCUAGAGGAGGAAAUCGCGGAUGCAAAGGCGGAAGAGAGAGAAAGCCAGGCGUAUGGCGAGGCGAUUGCUGCCCGUCUUGCUCGAGGGGGAUCGGUUCAAGAGGAGGAGGACGACGCUACAAGGGCGGACACAGAGGUGCCGGCUUCGCUUGAGGGUGUUUCGAAGACAGGUAGCACGAACGACCACGAAGCAGACGUUAACGACCAAUCGCUCAAUGUGCCUUCGACUGUUGUGCACUCAUUUGAGCAUCGCAUAGAUGAAGAAGACGAAGGAAGUUAUGAACCCACGCAGUUCAUCGAUGCUCCAGUCACGAGGACAAGACGAAGCCCCCGAUGGGCAUCUAGGAAGAAGCAAGGCGUGUCGCCAACAGUCGAGGCAUCUGUGACAGCUUCACGAAGCACACGGAAAUUCAAGUUUGGCCUACUCUCUACCCCCGAGAAGCGUCGCAUCCGGGAGAUCCCAUCCUCACAGUCACCGGCCGACUCACCGCUAUCGACUCAGGUCACACCUUCUAAAAAGGAUCGAUCACCACUCAAGGAGCGAUCCAACGAGGUCCAAGGAAUGGAUACACCCUCCAAACGCAGAAAAGUAACUUUCCGAGAACCCACCAAAACCCCUGGACCCCCGCCGACUCUGAGGAAGUUCAAGAGUACUAUUAAGGACUCGGAGGAUGAGGAUGAGGACGAGGAUGAUGAACUUCUCGAGACGGAUGAGAACCCUAACAGUGGUCGUGUCAGUGCGCACACACAAGCGCUGAUCCAUGAUAUAGACAACACCGCCCACGGUAGAAAUGUGGGAAGCGAGACACAAGCAAUGUUGGAACAGAUUGACGAGGCAUGUGCCUAUGCGCAUGAUGACGGCACGACCCGUCGCCUGAGCUUGGAGAAAGAAUACGAGACCACGCGAGCAACCACGCAGAAGAAUCACAAGACGCACGUCCACCAUAUCGUUCAGCGCAUUCCGGUAUCAAAGAGGAAUACUGGACCGAUGUAG